CAGAGAGAGGCAGCGCGCGGCGCGCACGGACGGGGGGCUGCUGGGUGCCGCACGGAGAAGAUGUAAGCGCGUGGGGUCUCGCUGGCCUCCGAGCACCAUGCAGAAGGGGAUCCGGCUGAACGAUGGCCACGUUGCGUCCCUGGGACUGCUGGCGCGCAAAGACGGCACGCGCAAAGGCUACCUGAGCAAGCGGAGUUCGGACAACACAAAAUGGCAAACCAAGUGGUUCGCGCUGCUGCAGAACCUGCUCUUCUACUUCGAGAGCGACUCGAGCUCGCGGCCCUCGGGGCUCUACCUGCUGGAGGGCUGCGUCUGCGACCGCGCGCCCUCCCCCAAGCCGACGCUCUCAGCCAAGGAGCCGCUGGAGAAACAGCACUACUUCACGGUGAACUUCAGCCAUGAGAACCAGAAAGCCUUGGAGCUGAGGACAGAGGACGCCAAGGACUGCGAUGAGUGGGUGGCGGCCAUCGCUCAUGCCAGCUACAGGACCCUGGCCACAGAGCACGAAGCGCUGAUGCAGAAGUACCUGCAUCUGCUGCAGAUCGUGGAAACGGAGAAGACUGUGGCCAAGCAGCUACGGCAGCAGAUCGAGGACGGGGAGAUCGAGAUCGAGCGGCUGAAGGCAGAG